GGAAAGCGAUUGUUCCAGUUUCCGGAGAGUCAACAUUUGCCACAAAAAUACCUUUCUCUAUAUGAAAAGAAGGUAAAUUACAGACUGCAAGUUCCUAGUUUGGUCGAUAAAAUCCUGAAAAGACACCGUAAGCAAAAGAGCCAAACAUCCAGGAAGGGUGGAUUAAAUGGGCACAAAAAAGACUACUGCGAAUUUGAGCAUUUUUUUGCGAAAAAACGGAGCAAAACACUGAACACCCCAAGCUGUUUGCGAUUUAAUGCCACUCAAAAUUAACGUCAGCGUUGAUUGAAAAAAAUGCACGAUUCAUGUCUCAUGGUUGCUUCAACAAUCUUCCCCCAGCCUUCCUGCUGAUUCUCUUGGCAACAUUCCACGCGAUUUACGUGUACAAUUUUUGCUUGCAAUCUGUUAAGCCCCUAAAUAACCGCGCUGGAUUCCUUAUCGGAAUAAACCUGCUCGCCCUAAUGUUCCUUUGGUCGUUUUUGGCCACCAUGUGGUCUUCAGUGGGCACUGUGCCAGCAGAAUAUAAAUUCAGCAGGAACGAGCACCAAUCGGUAAUCAAAGCCAGAACCGACGAUGAAAAGGAUCACAUUUUGGAGACUUUAUGCGAGAAAAAGAGCUUGCUGUUGCAAACCUGCACCCCAACUGGCAGCAUUAGAUACUGCACGAGUUGCAUGCACAUAAAACCAGACCGAACUCAUCACUGCAGCAGCUGCGAAAGGUGUUUCUUGAAAAUGGACCAUCACUGUCCAUGGGUGAACAACUGCAUCGGCUUUCGCAACUACAAAAGCUUCAUUUUGCUGAUUUUUUAUACAUUUCUAUACUGCGCUUUUUACGUCAGUACCAUCAUCCCGCACAUUAUAUCCCCUUGGGGUCACUCCAAGUUUGCCGAAGAUCUCCCAAUAAGCAUCGGAUUUGGAUUUGCUGCCAUCAUGGGUUUGACCACCUUCGGGUUCAUGUGCUACCAUCUCUAUCUGACUAGUACCAACGAAACCACUUUGGAAAAGGUUCAUCCGCCGCAUUUUGUUGAAGAAGAUUUGAGCUACGAUUUGGGCACGAUGCAGAAUAUGGUGGAGGUCUUCGGAAAUCGAUGGUUUCUGUGUAAGGAAUUGGUCCAGCACUGCGAUCGGCUUCCAAACAUGGAAAACCGCGCCUCAGUAGUGCACGAUUUAAUUCAAAGCUACCAAAUCCUCUGCCAUCCUAAACUUGUGGUAGUUCUGAGCCAAAACGCUUCGGAAGAUGAGCUGAAGCUGUUCCAUUCCGCUGCUUACAUCGACGUGCUGAAGUCUCUCGAGUCUUUUGACUCGAACUUGGACGAACUCCUAGAACAGCAUGUGGAGUAUGGUCUAGGCUACGAUUGUCCAGUUUUGGACAAUCUGCUCCAAUUGGCUGAAUGCGUAGCUGGAGGAACGCUUUCAGCUGCUAAACUGCUGGUUUCAAGGAAAUGUAAAACUACGAUCAACUGGUUUGGAGGUUGGCAUCAUGCCCGCAGGGACUCAGCUUCGGGAUUUUGCUACAUCAACGACAUAGCGAUUGGCAUUCAGUACAUGUCCACAACCUUUGAAAGGAUUCUUUAUAUUGACCUGGAUGUUCAUCAUGGGGAUGGAGUCCAGUACGCAUUUGAGAACAGCAAUAAAAUCCUCACACUUUCAUUCCAUAAGCACGAGGUGGGAUUCUUUCCCAACUCGGGCAAUCUGGAUGAAGUAGGCAUCGGAAAGGGCAAAAACUACUCCUUGAACGUCCCGUACCAGGGCGGGAUUAGCGAUGAAACGUUCACAAAGCUGUGCAGCCAAGUGCUUCCAAAAGUUUUUGAAACAUUUAAACCACUGGCAGUGGUGAUGCAAUGCGGGUCUGAUGGUUUAAAUGGCGACGAAAUCGGCCAAUGCAAUCUGACCCUCAAGGGAUUCGAUUGUUGCGUGAAAACCGUGCUAGAAUGGGACUUGCCUACGCUAUUUCUCGGUGGAGUUUUAGGAGGUUACAACCUUCCAAACACCGCCCGCUUGUGGACGUAUCUCACAUCCCUCAUUGUCCAUCAAGAGCUGGACACUGAUAUUCCUGAUUCUUGUGAAUACUUCGCGGAAUAUGCCCCCAGCUACGAGCUGCAUAUAGAAAAAGGCCGGAAAUCCGACUGCAACACCCCAACAUACAUCAACAUGGUUUUAGACCGCAUUCAGUCCCAUUGCGACCUGAUUUCGCAGGUAAAAGGGCUUCAAACAGGAUGCGGAAAUCAAAGGCCGUUGGAUGACAAAAUCGUUUAAUUUGCGCAUUUAGCAGAACCAUAUAAAUAAUACCAAAGAUAUAUUUCAGGCAACUAAACUACGAAAAUAGUAUACAUCCUUUGAAUAGCAUGGGCAUAAGCUUCGAUCCUGCUACCAUUUAAGUAUUUAAGAUUAAUCAGUACAUGAAACAUCGGCUAUUUUUACCAGUAGUUGCUCAAACCACUCUUCUUGUCUAUGCCAAAGGAAUUUUGCGCUUUUUGUGUUUCUUUUGGGCUAAAAAUCAUCUAAUCUAAUCAAUCAGCAAUCGAACACUCUAAAAUCAACAAACGUACUGAGACCCUGAUGAAAAUAAACAAGGCAAAGUACCGCAUAAAACAUCGUGCAGAUCAAAGAAAGUGUUUGAUUUUUUAACUAAAUAUGCCUCAAAACUACAAAAAUGUUGAAACUUACUGGCUUUAAUCGCACGUGCAUGCUGCCUUAACCGGCAAAAUAUCCAGAUUCGACCCCCAUAGAGCAAAUUCCAAUUUUUUUCGACUUUUAGCCCGGAAAAAAUGUAGAAAGAGCGCAAAAUUCCCCAUACACUUUUGUGUUGAUGUGCUUGUAAAUUAUUUUGUUUCAGCGGUAGAUUUAAAAUACUGCUGCUAUAUUUAUGUAUUUUUUAAUAAACUGCUCUUAAAUGUUGGAAUCUUCAACGAA